UAGAUCCGUGAAGUAUACAAACGUAAGUACCCUACAAUUACAUUACUUACAAAGUACUCCAUUCUCUCCUUCCCCUUGCUUCUGAAGAUGGCUCAGCUGGACGUCCAGGGCAUGUGCAUGAGAGGGUCAUCGCAGGAGCUCCGGUUACCGAGCAAUGAUCUCAAGAGGACACCAGUCGAGGAUAUCAGAUCACUCCGGCUGAUCACAGCUAUCAAGACCCCGUACCUACCCGAUGGCAGAUUGGACCUCGAAGCCUACGAUGGCUUGAUUGAUAUGCAGAUCGCGCAGGGUGUGAAAGGAGUCAUCGUUGGUGCCACAGCCGGGGAAGGCCAUUUGAUGAGCUGGGACGAGCACAUCAUGCUCAUUAGACACACCGUUGAUCGCUUUGGUGCUUCGCUCAAGGUGAUCGGUAACACCGGAAGUAACUCCACUGCAGAAGCAAUGGAGGCCACUGAGAAGGGCUUUGCUGUGGGAAUGCAUGCUUCCCUUCACAUCAAUCCUUAUUAUGGCAAAACAUCGACACACGGCUUGCUUGCUCAUUUUAAUAGUGUUCUACCUAUGGGCCCGAUGAUAAUAUACAAUGUGCCGGCAAGGACGGGUCAGGACAUUCCUCCUAGCGUCAUCCAAACCUUGGCCAUAAGCCCGAACUUUGUCGGCAUUAAGGAAUGUGUUGGAAAUGAUCGGGUUAGGCAGUAUGCAGAGGAGGGGAUCACCGUUUGGUGUGGGAUGGAUGAUCAAUGCCAUGAUGGUAGGUGGGAUUUCGGGGCUGUGGGAUCAAUGUCGGUCGCCAGCAAUUUAAUUCCUGGCUUGAUGCUGGAAUUGGUCACAGGGAAGAAGAGUCCUUCACUGAACGAAAAGGUCCUGCGUUUGGUUGAAUGGCUCUUCCACGAGCCAAAUCCGAUCGGAGUGAACACUGCUCUGGCUCAACUUGGGGUGGUCCGGCCAGUUUUCAGGCUCCCUUACGUGCCCCUUCCUCUAUCGAAGAGGCUGGAGUUCGUGGGCUUGGUGAAGGACAUUGGAAGAAAGCAUUUCGUGGGAGAUGGAGAAGUUCAGGUACUCGACGAUGACGACUUCAUCUUGGUGGGAAAGCAUUGAUUCUGGUCAUCUUCUUUCCGGAAAGACACCCUUCAUGUUUCAUUUUGCCUCCUCAGAUCUCUAUGUUGUUUCAGUGACGAAAAUUAGCCAGAACAAGAAUUAAGGUGCAUCACUUUGAAAUUAAGAAGCAUUAUACAUAUUUCUGUCAA